AUGUCGCAUGUGCCGACAGCCGAUGGCGAGGCCGAGGUGCCCCACGAGCCUUCGACAACAGCCUUAUCUGCCCCUAUACCGGCGCAACCAGAGGACGUGCAGCGUGACGAUGAGUCGCACGCUGCACGUGAGCCGCUAUCAAGCGCGGAGAACCCCAUGCGCCUGAGCUCGAUGAUCUCUGAUGAGCCGCCGCGUGAGCCAGAAACUCAUGCGCCCGUGCCAGACGAAGUACACCGUAUACCAUAUCAUGAUGAUGCGUACGCUGUGCCUGUUCCCCGAUCUGCCUAUGAGAUGCCACGUGAGCCAAGUCGUGUAACCAAGACGGAGCAUGACGACGAGGAGGCACCUGCGCCUCACCCGCACCAUCACCAUCACCAUCAUCAUCACCACCAUCAUACCUCGCAUUCGACGGCUUAUGCUCCUCCCAUUCAUCAGCCGUUGGCUCCGCGGAAAGACGAAGCGCAGGCACCCGGCAAGGAGGUCACACCACCCACAUACCACCCGGGACCGCAUCAUCAUCACCACCACCACCAUCAUCAUCACCAUGCCAUGCCCCAUACCCAACUGCCUCACCAUCAUCACCAUCACCAUCCCCACGCCCCACACCACCACCACCACCACCACCACCACCGUGUCACGCCGCCGGCGAGCGAGGAGACACAUCCAGCUCCAGCGAUGGAAGAGCAAGUCCAGGCCGCCGAGACACAGACUGAGUUAGCGCCCAUGUCACCCCUGGAACAUAAGCUCCGUGAACUCGCGAGUGGGCCGCGUGUGGACAACGAGCCUGUGUGGCAGUUUUUGGACCACUGUGAACAAAUGGAGGAAAUUAGGCGCAUGGAGCAACGCGGGGAAGCAGGAGCGCAGCCGAAGAAUUUGCCCCUUUUCGGUCUUGGUUUGGAUCGGGGUCGUGCUGUGCGGCAUUUAGGCUCGAUUCUGUACGAUCCCACCGGCGCUUCAUCGAUCCCAACAGAGUUGCUGGUCAACAAUAUCGGUGCAACGAUCGAGGUGCGUAUUAGUGGCCGUUCCAUUGGUCUCGGUAUCACCGAAGACGAAUGGCGUCGAGAAGAAGCCAAGCUACAGGCGGAAGUGAAUGAGCGUAUUGCUCGUGAGGCGGACCAGGGCAUGGCGCCUACGCUCGCUCUGGACCGUGCGUCCUCGUAUAUGCCUCCUUCAGACGAGUUCCGCGGACGUUGGCGGCUAGGCUGGCGAGGAUUGGAGCAUGCUCGCAUCAAUCGCGAGAUUCGACUCACACAUGCAUGGAACGAGCGACGAGCACAGGAGCGCAUGCACAAGCGCGUGCGCCGCACGGUGCCAGCGGAGCAGCUGCCAUCCUCCUCACUCCCGCCGCUGCCUGUCCACACACUUGACGAACCGACGCUCGAACGUGCCGCUUGGAAAUUUUGGGGCCAGCGCAGCUUGGAAUCCCGCCAACUCUGGGGCACGGACGUGUACACGGACGAUUCAGACGUGCUUGCUAUGUGUGUCCAUGCGGGCUGGAUUGAGGCGCCGCACAUUCCCGGCGUGCCUGAGUGGCUCUGUGGUGGCGGCUGUCCUCGUGUUGCCAAGGCAUGGAAGGCCCUCUCUGACCGCGAAGUCGAGCAGCUGGGUGGGCCGCCGGCACCGCCGCAAGCACAUGCACCCGUGCGAAUCGUGCCGACAUCCACCUGUGAUCUCUCUGUAAUCCUACGAAUCGCGCCAAAGCUGGUGCUGUACAAGGGCUCCCACCGUGGCGGCAUCCAAAGUCGGAGCUGGGGAAAUACACACGACGGAGUCAGUUUGGUGGUGGAAAGUGUGGAGCUUCGUUCUCCAAACUAUGCUACCUGUGGCGGACGGCGAUCAGCCAAGGCGCGCAUGUCGCACAUGUCACAGCUUCGGCAGGCGGCCACGGCAGAUCAUAAGCUGCCGCCGCUGCCGCCGCAUGCAUGCGCUGACCAAAAGGGCAUAGCUUUGCCGUCUCUGCCACCACCAGGUGCUCGCGUAUUUUGGGAUACACAGCGAUCUUAA